AUGGCCCGUAUUGCCGCUAUGGAGGACAUCGAGAGCAUACGAGACGAGCAGGAUUUCAAUAGCCAAAUGCAGGCUCAGAAUCAAUUGGAAAUGGAUGCGAACUCUGGUUCCCCCAUGACCGACGACGUCCCCGAGUCUGUCACCAAGCCUCGGACGGGCACAUAUAUAGCAACCAUCCAGGACGUCAAUGAGGCGUUUGAUUCGAUGAACGUUCUACGGUACUCUCAACCAUGUCAUCUUCAGGGAAAAUGUCAGGGCUUGACAAUCAUUCCGUUCAAUGCGGGGCACACUCUGGGUGGUACCAUUUGGAAAAUUCGUUCACCUACGGCAGGCACAAUUUUAUAUGCUGUUGAUAUGAAUCACACGCGUGAACGUCAUCUCGACGGGACAGUUCUUGUACGACAAGCUUCUGCUGGUGGUGGGAUCUUCGAGAGUCUCGCACGCCCGGAUUUACUUAUCACCGACGCUGAACGCGCAAACGUUACUACUGCGCGGCGCAAGGACCGAGAUGCCGCACUCCUCGACUGUGUCACCGCCACUUUGACAUCACGAAACUCCUUGCUGCUGCCAUGCGAUGCGAGCACACGUGUGCUUGAAUUAUUGGUAUUGCUCGAUCAACAUUGGAAUUAUUCUCGGUUGAAGUUUCCUAUUUGCCUUCUGUCUCGGACCGGUCGCGAGAUGCUCACAUUUGUGCGCAGCAUGAUGGAGUGGCUUGGAGGAACUGUCAGCAAAGAGGAUGUAGGUGAAGAGGCGACAGGAGGUCAAGGAAAGGGAAAUAAGCGUAGGCGGGAUGAGGAUGGCGAUGAAGAAGCUCUCGGGGCGUUUGCACUUCGCUUCCGGCAUCUUGAGUUCUUCCCAAAUCCUCAGGCUCUUCUCCACACGUAUUCCUCGAAAGACCCCAAGUUGAUCCUUGCCGUCCCCGCCUCUCUUUCGCAUGGUCCUUCUCGGGUACUGUUUACCGAGUUUGCGGAAACUCCAGACAAUGUCGUACUACUGACUGGUCGUGGUGAAGAAGGCACGCUCGGGCGGAUUCUGUUUGACCGAUGGAAUAAUGCGCAGAGAGACGAUGUGAAAUGGGAUCGCGGGAGGAUCGGGAGCAAUGUCAUGCUGGAUGGUAUCCUGCACCUUGAGAUACAUUCGAAAGUGCCGCUGCAAGGCACAGAACUCGAAGAAUUCUUGCAAAAACAGCGUAUAGCACAAGAAAAAGAAGCUGCGCAGAAAGCUGCACAAGCUCGGACGGAGCGAAUGCUUGAAGCUGACGAAGGCGAAGAUGAGAGUGAUUCCGAUUCUGAUGCAGACUCCGAUUCAGAGAAUGAAGUGGAGAAAACCCUUGAGGGGGAUAUCAUGGACACUAGGGAAGACUCUGUUGGACAAAUAGUUCCUUCGACCAAACAGCUGCGGCGAAAGGGUGCGAAAGCAAACAUGGCGGAUAGUGGAGACUGGGCUUUCGGGCUCGAUUCGGACGAACCGAUGAGAGCGUUGUCAUUUGAUAUUUAUCUGAAGGGCAAUGUUGCGCGUACCACAUCCUUCUUCAAGAGUGCGGAGGGACAAUCACAACGUUUUCGUAUGUUCCCCUAUGUGGAAAAGAAAAGGCGUGUCGAUGAGUACGGCGAGACCGUGGACGUCGGCAUGUGGCUUCGCAAAGGCAAGGUGCUUGAGGAGGACGCAGAGAGUGAGGAGACGAAGGAGCUGAGGAGAAAAGCUGAGGAGGAAGCAAAGAAAGUACCAGUUGAACUGCCAUCGAAGUUCAUUACGACUGAAGUGGACGUUCAAUUGGCUUGUCGAUUGUUUUUUGUAGAUCUAGAAGGAUUGAACGAUGGACGAGCGGUGAAGACCAUUGUUCCCCAGGUCAAUCCGAGGAAGAUGAUUGUUGUACACGCACCAUCUAACUAUACCGAUGCUCUUAUAGAGAGCUGCUCUAACAUCCGAGCCAUGACGAAAGACAUAUACGCACCAGCACAGGGAGAAUGUAUACAGAUUGGACAACACACCAACAGCUUCUCGAUAUCGCUAAGCGACGAACUCUUGACUUCACUCAAGAUGUCUCAGUUCGAGGACAACGAGGUUGGCUACGUUACGGGCCGUAUAGCAAGCCUUGCCAGCUCCACUAUUCCAGUGUUAGAACCAGUCUCCUUCACGUCGGCGCAAUUUGAAGCCAAGUCUCGCAAGUCGCUUCAAAGUCGCAUGCUCGGAUCUCGUCCGACCCUUACUCUACCCCAGUCGACGAUGAUCGGUGAGCUUAAGCUGACAGCACUGAAAUCGCGGCUUGCUACAGUGGGCGUGCAUGCGGAACUCAUCGGCGAGGGAGUUCUGAUAUGUGGCGCAGCAGCGAAGAAGGGUGGUAGUGGAGAGUCAUUGGAGGAUUCCGUUACGGUGAAAAAGAUGACUCGUGGGAGAGUCGAGUUGGAAGGCUCGGUGUCGGACAUAUAUUACACUGUGAGGAAAGAGAUUUACAACCUACAUGCCCUUGUUGCAGCAUAA